AUGUCAUCGGACGAGUCGUUCGCGAGUGUGAUCCACGUGAACGUCGCGCUGCUGCGGCUCUCCGGCGUGGUGUCCUGCGGCGGGAAAGCGACGGACGUUCGCCGGGCGCGAAUCCUGCAGACGGUCCUCGGGACGGUCGCUUACGGUUGCCUGCUGACGUACUCGCUCCUGUACACCCGCGAAUUCAUCCUGUACACCGUCCACCUCGGCACCUGGAUGGAGUCCUUGGCGAUGAUACUGUCCGUCAUGGGCGGACAGGCGCGAUUCACGAUCAUCCUGCUGUCCCAACGGAGAUUUCGCCGCUUGCUGACGGUGUGCGAGGAACUCUGGCUGACGCUGAGCGCGAGGGAAAAGGGCCGUGUGCGCGAUUGCAUGAAAGGGACGAGACGGCUGACGUAUUACUACGUGUUCGGCUGCGUCUUCACGAUCUUCUUCUACGCCGUGGCGAACCUCUUCAUGAAGUCUCGGCACGACGAUUCGCCGGCGAACAUCAGCCGAAGCCUGCCGUACGUCUGUCCGAUCGACGUACACCGGACGCCCUAUUACGAGAUUACGUACGCCAUGCAGUUGUGCAGCAUGACGAACGUCGGCCUCACCUGCGCCGCCACGGACACCAUCGGCCCGGUGCUGAUCCUGACGGUCAGCGGCCACUUCAAGGUGCUGAACUCGCGAAUUCAACGGAUCUGCGAGCGAACGUGCGAUAAAGAGGGGAAGUCGCGUGAGGACGCUACGGUGUUCCUCGAGGACACGUCGAGAAGUGAUCACGCGAUGCUCGAUCUCAAAGCUUGCGUGCGUUAUCAUCAGACGAUACUCGCAUUUUGCAAGGAAGUCGAAAAGCUAACCACCGGUAUCUUUUUAUCACAACUGCUCACCAGCACGUACAACAUCUCUCUCGUAGGAUUUAAAUUAGCGGGGGAUGACCCGGACAAGUUUAAGUACACGACACAAGUCUUGAUCGCAGCGAUCCAACUAUUUUUGAGCAAUUGGCCGGCGGACGUUCUGCUCACCGAGAGCAAUGCUGUGGCGAAAGCGGCAUACUUUACUUCAUGGUAUCGGUCUCCGUACCGAUUAAAGAAAUCUCUACAUAUAAUUACGAUGAGAUCUCAGAAAGCGGAACAGUUAACUGCCGGCUAUUUCGUGCCGUUAUCCUUGCAAACUUUUGCGUCCAUGGUGUCGUCCGCGGCAUCCUUCUUCACCAUGAUGCGCAGCAUGAAUUGA